UUUACAUAGACAGCAGAGCAGUGCUGUCUCCUUGUGCACAGUCAGACAUACACAACCAUGUUCUCUGUGGUGAUACCCAGGAGUGCACUCAGUUUGCACUCCUGUCUUCUCCAUGUUACGUUGAUCUUGGUGCUCAUAAGUGAAGUUGGAGUCACGACAGCGAGCCACGAGGAGCCCAGUGUUCGUGAAGCUCGGUCGGUGGGUGAGCAGGUCGUAAAGGACUGUGUUUUAUCAAAAUGGACAACAUGGUCUCGCUGUGACACUUGUCAGAAGAAAAGAUAUCGCCAUGCUACGCUUCAACAACCAUCUCAAUUUGGAGGAGAGCCGUGCAAUUUUCAUGACCACGAGGACCAGGCCUGUAAUGAUUUAGCCCGCUACUCCUGUAGCGUUGCUCCUUUGUGUGAGGGAUUUCUCUGCAACCAAACAGGUCGCUGCAUUCACAGAACUCUGCAGUGUAGUGGGGAGGAUGACUGUGGGGACAUGUCAGAUGAAGUCGGCUGCAGGGAGGUUCCCAAGCCCUGCAGGCAGGAGGUUGACGAGUUCUGGGGAAUCGAAAACCUUGCCAAAGGAAUCAACAUCUUGAACAGUAACUUGGAGGGAGUGGUGCUUGAUAACAGAUAUUAUGCUGGCAGCUGCUUGCCCCAGUACAUCCAGAAUGUCGCAUUCAGGAAGCCUUACAACUUGCAACAGUACACUCAACAGACAAGAGGCUCGUAUGAUUUCACCUUGGAGUCCUUUAACUCAUACUCUGACUACACGCACUUCUCCAUGAAAGAGCGUACGUCCAAAACAACUGUUUCCUUUGGCUUCAGCUUUCCUGGCGUAUUUGAAUUUGGCUUCAACUAUAAUGAUGAGAAAUACACCAAAUCAGUUCAGAAGUUUCGCAGAUUCUCUGGCAAGACAAACAGAUUUGUGAGGGCCAAAGCAGAGCUGGAGUUGGCCCAGUACAUGCUGAAGUCGGACGAUUUGGUGCUUCACCCUGAGUUCCUGCAGCGCCUGCGCGCUUUGCCACUGUCCUAUCUGUAUGGGGAAUACAGACAGAUAUACAGAGACUACGGCACACACUACAUCACAGAGGCUGGCCUUGGAGGAGACUAUGAGCACACCAUCAUUUUGAACAAGGAGAAGCUGGAGAAUUCAGAUUAUUCUUUGGACGACUACAAGCGGUGCACCCAGGCGGGCCUAAAGGUUGGGGCCAACAUUAAGGGUGUUUAUGUGUCGUUGGGAGCUCAUGGUGGAUCCUGUAAUGGCUUGUUGAAUGAGAUGGGAGGGAACACAACAAGUGGCAGCAUGGUGGAGGACUUUGUUGCUGUUGUACGGGGUGGCAGCAGUGAAUCCAUCACUGCUUUGGUGUCUAAAAAGCUUCCCACCCCACAGCUGAUGAAACUUUGGGCCGAAUCUGUGCGUUUCAACCCUGACUUCAUUCGCAUGAAAACUCAGCCGCUGUUCGAGCUGGUGACCCCCAGAGACUUCACUCAUGAUGCCAUUCUGAAGAGAAAUCUAAAGAAAGCCCUGUCAAAGUACCUGGCAGAGGCUAGCCCAUGCCGUUGUGCCCCCUGCCACAACAAUGGAGUAGCUGUUUUGAGAGGCACAAGGUGUGACUGUGUGUGUCCUGUUGGCUACAGUGGACGGGGCUGUGAGAUCACUAAGAGGCAAAAACAAAUACCCAUUGACGGCAGCUGGAGCUGCUGGGGUGAAUGGUCACCCUGCAGUGGAGGAACAAUGUCAAGAAGUCGACAGUGUAACAACCCAGAACCCAGGAAUGAAGGCAUGGCGUGCGUUGGACUGCAGCAAGAAUCGACUCAAUGUUAAAACCCUGCUCAACAGCUCCGAUGUCAACACUGACACAAAGAUUUAUAAAAGCCUCCUUUAAAAUAGGAGAUUAGUCUGUGGUGUGUUUUGUGACAUAAUGGUUUAUAUUUGAAUAAAAUAAGACAAAAAAAAAUCUA